AUGACCAGAAAGAAGCCCCCCCUCAAGGGUUACUCCCAGGAGACCAGGUUCUCCUCAGGAACCUGCACCCGGGUUCCUUGCAGACACAGUGGUCGGGGCCUCACACUGUCAUCCUUACCACCCCAACUGCAGCAAAGCUGCUGGGACACCAGGUGUGGGUACACAUCAACAACCUCAAAUGGGCGCCCACAGGUAAUGACUGGGCUUCCCAAGCAGUGGGCCCUACCAAACUGUUCUUGGUAUGUCUUCCUCCCCCUGGCUCUCUUGAGCGCCCUGACCCAGGUGGCAGAAUGUGAGUGCAUGCGUGGCAGCAGACACACAAGGUAUUUCCAGUCAUACACCUAUAUGCCUAGUAAGUGCUAUGCAGGGAAAACCCUGUAUACCUGCACCUCUGUCCAUGCCCCAGGAAAAAUCUUCUGGAUGUCUGACCUCACCAAAAGGUACAGUCACCCCUGCGACACUUAUCCCAAGAUGGGGAAGGUUUGCUGGACAUACCUAGCCCAGAUGGGACUCUCCAAUGGACGGGGGGUCCAAGACCAGGCUAGCCACAACCAAACCCAGCAAAUAAUCAGGAGGGUGAAUGAGCAGUUGCAAGCUCAGGCCCAUCCCACCUACAAGGGAGUCAAUCUCCAUAACAUACAAAAGGUUCCCAACACUGAACAGCUGACAGUGGCCCUCCUGAACUCCAGCUAUAAUUUCUGGUGGAACGUAUCUCAGGACCGUGACUGUUGGAUCUGUUUCCCCUUCUCUACCCUUUCCAAAAUUGUUGGGAUUCCCAUUCCCACUCAGUGGCCCCUCCCGAAUACCACCACCACUAAUAAAAUGGUCCACACCGGGCCCAUCGGAGGAGCCAUACCUGUCCUUAAACUCUCCUCCACUGUGGACACCCUCACCCCUCACGCCGGCAAUGUCACCUUCUCCCUCCCUUACUGCACACCCUCGGGGGUGUUCCUCUCAUGCCCUAAGGGAAUCUACCGCUGCCUGACUGCCAAUGACUCCCUAGAUUGCAUAUUUAUCCUCCUAUUCCCCUCUACCAACAUUUACUCCCAUUCCCAGCUCCUGUCUAUACUGUUCCCCCCACGCGGAGAAAAAAGGGCCAUUUUCCUUAUCCUGUUGAUAGGAGCAGGCUUAACCACUGGGGUGGCAACCAGAGUGGCAGGGCUUGGAACUUCAAUAAAUUUCUAUUAUAAACUUUCCCAAGCACUCAACGAUGACAUGGAGCGGAUCGCAGACUCCCUUACUGCCCUACAGACCCAAGUCACCAGUUUGGCGGCCAUCGCCUUACAAAACCGGCGAGCCUUGGACCUCCUGACUGCUGAAAAGGGAGGAACCUGCCUCUACCUAAACGAAGAGUGCUGUUACUUUAUCAACCAGUCAGGUAUAGUCACCUCCAAGAUCCAGGAACUCAAGGACCAGAUCCGAACGAGGCGCCUAGACACCUCCAUAUGGGGCCUGCACCCCCAUACUUGGGUACCGUGGCUUCUCCCCUUGGCGGGACCUCUAUGCUUAAUCCUCCUGCUAAUCUCGGUUGCUCCCUGCCUUAUUUGGUACAUACAGGAACGCCUGCAGGAAGUGACCCGGAUGUCAGUCAACCAGCUCCUCUUACAACCGUAA